AUGCCACCACCCAAUUCCGGACCCGGCAAUGGCAAAGAGCCAGCACCGACUCUCACCCCGGACCAACAGGCUCAAAGGGAGAAAAAGCAGUCCGCACUCCGCGAAUCCGUCGCCAAUCUACAAUCCCAGACCUCGGAGAUAGAGUCCCAAAUCGCCGAGAUCAAGGCUAAACUGAAGAAUGACCCGCCUACAACCGUGCAACACCAUAUCCGUCUUCUACACGAGUACAACGAAAUCAAGGACAUCGGCCAAGGCUUGAUGGGGCUAAUUGCCGAUGCCCGUGGUGUGCGACAGAUCGACGUCCAGAGGGAAUUCGGGCUGGAUGAUCGGGACUAA